AUGGUCUUCGAUUGUCAGGACAUCGAGGAGAACAUAAGUGAGGCUCGGAAAAAUGAACCCAUUGCAACGGAGGAAAAUUUACUUAACUCUCUUGAAGAACAACUGCGGAGGAUUCAAAGCCUCUUACUCAACCAAAAGUACAUUCACAACGAAGAGCAAUUUCCGCUGAGCCUUCUGGCCAAACUCUUCGGCAAACCGGAAAAUGAAAUUCGUGAGAUGCCUCGGACGCAGUUUUCUGAAGAAUGUGGUAGAGAUAUUUUGAGAGUCCUCAAAGGCAUCCUAUUGGGAUGUGGUACCAGCUAUCGCCCAAACAAUUCAUUUUAA